AUGCCUGGACGAAUUCUCCCCAGUUUCACCCCGGCUGAGAUCGAGACUCAUAACAAUGCCAAAUCAUGCUAUGUGACCGUCGGCUCCAAGGUCUAUGACGUGACCGACUUCAUCGACGGCCAUCCCGGAGGCGACGACUUGGUCCUGGAAUAUGCGGGCCAGGAUGUGACGGAGAUCCUGCGCGACCCGGCGUCCCACACCCAUUCGGACUCGGCGUACGAAAUACUGGAGGAGUGUCAUAUUGGGUUCGUUGCCUCGGAGGCGAACGGGAAGGCUGUCAAUGGAGAUGCUCCUCAGACGACAGCGGUAGACGCAGACAGCGCUCCGGUGUUUGCUACGACCGGCAUGUCGCGCGAGGAAGAUCUCUCCGUCGACACCGACUACAACAAGGACUACCAGACGCAUAAGUUCUUGGACCUCAACAAGCCGCUCCUUCUCCAACUCUGGAACAGCGGAUUUACGAAGGAGUUUUACCUGGACCAGAUCCAUCGCCCACGCCACUAUAAAGGAGGCGAGUCCGCGCCCCUCUUCGGCAACUUCCUCGAACCGCUCAGCAAGACGGCAUGGUACGUCGUGCCCAUGAUCUGGCUGCCUCCCAUCACAUACGGAACGAUUCUUGGGUUCUCCGGUCUGGGAAAUGUCCCCGCUGCGGCUGCUUAUUGGGUCGGGGGUCUUUUCCUCUGGACCUUGAUCGAGUACCUGAUGCAUCGGUUUUUGUUCCACAUUGAUAAGUAUCUCCCUGACAACCGGGUCGGACUGACUCUCCACUUCUUGCUCCACGGCAUCCAUCACUAUCUGCCCAUGGACAAGUACCGGCUGGUCAUGCCCCCGACUCUAUUUGUCGUGCUGGCCGCCCCGUUCUGGAAACUGGCCCAUGCCGUGUUCUUCUACAACUGGUAUGCCGCUACGACGGUAUUCUGUGGCGGUGUCUUCGGCUAUGUCUGCUAUGACCUGACCCAUUACUUCCUCCACCACCGCAACCUGCCCGCCUACUACAAACAGCUCAAGAAGUACCAUCUCCAGCAUCACUUCGCGGACUUCGACAACGGAUUUGGUGUCACUAGCCGCUUCUGGGACCAGGUGUUUGGCACCGAGCUUGUGAUGCCCGUCCCCAAGGAACGCAAGUCCCAGUAA